CCGGCCGCCCGUCUCUCCGCCGCCCGCCGCCCCACGUCCCCCGCGCACCGACAUCGCCGCACUGUUGCGCGGGCUCGGCGCUUCCGCCACAUCGAUUCCACCACAUGACUCUAGUGCCGGACCCGUGAAGUGAUAAUGAGCGUGCGAAAUGAGGACCCUAGUGCCUGUCCUGACCUACUUCAAUAUUACAGAUCGAUCUCCACAUUUGACGUAAUGCUGAUGCAUUAAGUCGUCGCCCCCCAUGACCGACUAUUAAGGCAGUGUUACGCGAAAAUGUCGUCACCGGUCCGAAAAUAGUGCCGGGCGGGGCGAUGGCGGCGUAGCAUGGAGGAGGACGAGAGGCGGCUGUCGUUCCCGCCGCCGGCGCCGCUCCAUUCGCCCGGGGAGGAGAUAGACGGCUCGCGGCUGCUCGGCGAAAUCGUGCGAACGCUCGAGGUCACGCACCCGGAGGCUGCGGCGCCGCUCGUAGCGUCGCAGUCGCGCGACGCGCUAGCUUCCCCCGAGCGUCCGAAACGCGACGAGCUGCGAAUCGCUCUCGAUGUCACGUUCGCGGAGCCCGCGCGUGACGGCGAGCCGCGGGCCGCCGUCACGCCGUUCACGCGCGAAUCCGCCAAACGCGCCGGUUCGCGGGGCGCGCAGCUCGUGCGGGAGUUUGGGUUCAUGCCUCGGCGGCGGCUCAGUGUGGAGGACGGCGCGCGCUUGCCGAGGAAGUUCGAACCCUUCCCGCCCAAGCUGUACGGACGCCCGCUCGAGGAGAUCGACAAUUUUAUAUACGAUGAGACUUUCUGUGUGGUGUCAAAGCGGUUCCGCAAGAACUACAUCCACCGGUUCACGGCGACCCGCUCGCUGUUCUGGUGGUCGCCGUGGUCGCCGGUGCGGCGCGCCUGCGUCUAUCUCUCCACCAACCAGUACUUCGAUUACUUCGUCAUGGCCACAAUACUGCUCAACUGUGUCUUCCUCGCCAUGUCGGAGACCAUCGAAGAGGCUGAAUACAUAUUUCUGGCGAUUUACACGGCGGAGAUGAUAAUCAAGUGCAUAGCGAAGGGGUUCAUUCUCAACAAGUACACGUAUUUGCGGAACCCGUGGAACUGGCUGGACUUCGUGGUGAUCACGUCUGGUUACGCGACCAUCGGCAUGGAGGUCGGCAACCUGGCCGGACUGCGCACCUUCAGGGUGCUGAGGGCGUUGAAGACUGUUUCUAUUAUGCCAGGGCUGAAAACCAUCAUCAACGCGUUGCUCCACUCGUUCAAGCAGCUCGCCGAGGUAAUGACACUGACGAUCUUCUGUCUGAUGGUGUUCGCACUGUUCGCACUGCAAGUGUAUAUGGGGGAGCUGAGGAACAAGUGUGUGCAGAACCUGAUUGUGCCGAGUGGGGAGAACUUUACGGAUGAGAUGUGGUCGAGUUGGAUCAGCGAUCCUGCGCAUUGGAUGGUGGAUCUUGAAGAAGUGCCCGUAAUCUGCGGGAACCUGACGGGCGCAAGGCAUUGCCCUCCUCAGUUCACCUGCCUGUGCGUGGGGCCCAACCCCAACCACGGGUAUACCAACUUUGACAACUUCCUCUGGUCGAUGCUCACGACGUUUCAACUGAUCACACUCGACUAUUGGGAGAACGUUUAUAAUAUGGUGCUGUCGUCUUGUGGGCCGAUGUCGGUAUCGUUCUUCACCGUGGUGGUGUUCUUCGGUUCCUUCUACCUCAUCAACCUGAUGCUCGCCGUCGUGGCGCUCAGCUAUGAAGAGGAAUCGCAAAUCACACAAGAGGAAAGAAAGAAAGACCUGAACGAACACCGGGACGACUCGACAUUUAGCUUCGACCCGUCGUCCUUGUCGGUCAGGACUCUCGCGAAGGACUCCAAGAAGCGCAUAGACGCCAGGAAAGGCCUACUCCUGGCCUCGUACUCCAGGAAGAGGACCAGAAGACGCAAGCGCGGCAAGAGCACCAUUCAUCACGCUAACACUGUCCCUGGAGCUACGGAGAGAUCCCGGUCCAGGUCGCGGUCGAGGUCAGUGACCCCGAGCGGAUCUCCGCCGCCGCUGCCUGCGCCCCCACCCCCGCCGCCCCCGCCUCACACGUUGCACCCGGACAACGCACUAGGUCGAGGUGCCUUAAGCAUCGCUGGCAGACAGCUCAGUGACCACAGCAACAACCGGGAGUCGUCGUUGGACGACUCCGGGGUCGUGGACGACCACGACGAGGGCGAACACACCUCCGACGACCAAGCGCCGCAUCCGCACCGGCGGCAUCUGCUCCCACAUCCGCCUACUACACUACCUAUUAAACAAGAAACAAAAAAACCAGAAACGAAACUUAAGAAUGGUUCUAAAACAGAAAUACAAGUGGAACAGACGAAAAAAAGCGAGAAAGGCAGCGUCGAAGAAAAAUACCCGCUAAACCCCGACUACCUUAAUCAGAUUGUGGUUCUAGGGGCGGACUGGCCAUACAAGCGCGCGCCCGAGCUCCCCCAAGCGGAGACGACGAAAAUUAAUGAGCUCAGUUUAUUGGCAGCCACGCACAAAUCUCAUAUGGGCAAUUACGAGCAAAAUUGCACUUACUUCGCAGAUGAACUUGUGGACAGAAACUGCGAAUGCUGCGUUACUUGUUGCAUAGACUAUGAAGGAUGGUUGCAGUUUCAGAACUGUCUGUAUGGAAUCGUCAAGGACCCUCUGUUCGAACUGUUUAUAACUACAUGUAUAGUUCUCAAUACACUAUUUUUGGCCCUUGAGCAUCAUGGAAUGAGUGAAAAUGUUAGACAAGCUUUAGAUAUAGGAAAUAAGGUUUUCACAUCAAUAUUUACGCUAGAAUGUAUAAUGAAAGUGAUGGCAAUGAGUAAAGAUUACUUCGCCUGUGGAUGGAACAUAUUCGAUUUGAUUAUUGUUUCAGCUAGUCUCUUGGAUCUCAUAUUUGAGCUUGUAGAUGGCCUGUCAGUGUUAAGAGGCCUUAGAUUGUUACGAGUAUUGAAAUUAGCACAAUCUUGGACUACGAUGAAAGUUUUGUUGAGUAUUAUAAUAUCUACUAUAGGUGCUCUCGGUAAUUUGACGUUCGUGUUAGUUAUAGUUAUAUACAUAUUUGCUGUUAUCGGAAUGCAGUUGUUCUCGAAAUCAUACACGCACGAUAAGUUUGAUCCGGACCCCGUGCCCAGGUGGAACUUCAACGAUUUUUUUCACUCGUUCAUGAUGAUAUUUCGCAUACUUUGUGGAGAAUGGAUCGAGCCACUUUGGGACUGCAUGCGCGCAGAGCAAGCGACUGGCGCGGAAAGUUGUUUCUUCAUUUUCCUUCCUGCACUCGUCAUGGGAAACUUCAUGGUGCUCAACCUCUUCCUUGCCUUGUUGCUUAAUAGCUUUAACAGUGAAGAAUUAAAAAAUAAAAAGGAGGAAGUAGGAGAAGAUUCAAAAUUAGCUAAAAGUUUUGAUAGAAUACGUUCAAUAGUAAGAAAAAAAGGUUUCCUUAUAUCUAAAAGUAAAGAGACUGAAAAAAAAUCUAAAUUAGAAGAAUUAGUUAACGAAUUCAUGAUACAACACCGCGCUAUGAAGGACAAUAAAUUGCCAAUUCCAGCUGAACAGAGAUACUCCACUUCGGUCCAAGAAACUAUAUUGUUUCCACACGAUAAUAUUUAUAGCCACAGUUACCAAGAGGCGUUAAACAGGCCAAUAUCAGUAGGUUCCGACUUUGGUUAUCCACAUCUCUACCAAGCAGGGAAUAACUUUAACCAUGGCAGUCAGGAAACACUAAAAGAUGUACGAGAUUUAGCAGCAGAACAUAAGAUCACUAGCAUUCGAGAAGAUUCUAAAGAAAAUCUGGACGAAAGCACGUCUACUGACCAAAUUGCAGUUCAAAAACUAUUAAACCAAAUGUCAUCGGGAUAUCAUACGCAACCUUCUGACUCUAGAGAUGAAUUUGAACAGUAUGAGAUGGCACAAAUAUCCAGUAAAACGACACCAGAAAAAUUUAGACGCCAGGUACUAGGAGUAAGUAUAGGAGGAGUAGAUAUGCAAAAAAACCUUAGCAGAGAAAUGGUGAAGCGACCUGAUGACGAGGACAUGAAGCAUCCAUGGCAAACACUAGUCUCUUAUGUAGAUGAAAUUACCGUUGGUGGGAGAAAAAAUUCUAAAGGCCAAUACAUUGACCCAAUGGGAAAAUUUCCAGGUUUCGGAAAAAAUAAAGAGCCAAAAGAUCCUGAAAAUUGUUUCCCUAAGCAAUGUUACAAACAAUGUUCAUGUUGGGAUGCUUGUAUUCAGACUAAAUUAGGUCAGAGAUGGAUGCUAAUACGUACUUAUAUUCUUCGUUAUGUUGAUACACCCGCAUUUGAGUGGUUUGUGUUAGUUUUGAUCUUCGCAUCGAGUAUCACAUUAUGUUUUGAAGAUAUACAUCUAGAAAAAAAUAUACCACUAAAGAAAAUACUUUAUUGGACAAAUCUAAGUUUUUGCAUGAUCUUUGUUAUAGAAAUGUUUUUUAAGUGGAUAGCAUUGGGCUUCUACAGAUAUUUUACGAGUUUUUGGACAUUACUAGAUUUUACUAUAGUUUUUGUGUCAGUAUUUAGUUUGUUGAUAGAAGAAAAUGAAAAUUUAAAAGUGUUAAGAUCGUUAAGGACUUUACGGGCACUUAGGCCUCUAAGAGCAAUUUCCCGGUGGCAAGGAAUGCGGAUAGUAGUGAAUGCAUUGAUGUAUGCAAUACCUAGUAUAUUUAACGUUUUAUUAGUAUGUUUAGUUUUUUGGUUAAUAUUUUCUAUUAUGGGAGUGCAGUUUUUUGGAGGGAAAUUUUUCAAAUGCGUGGAUGCGGAAGGUGAAUUAUUACCACUAGAGGUAGUUAAUGAUAAAUGGGAGUGCUACUAUAAUAAUUUUACGUGGAUCAACUCGAAAAUUUCCUUUGACCACGUUGGAAUAGCCUAUUUAGCUCUAUUUCAAGUAGCCACAUUUGAAGGAUGGAUGGAAGUAAUGGCUGAUGCUGUGGAUGCGCGUGGAGUUGAUUUACAGCCAUCGAGGGAAGCCAAUCUUUACGCAUACAUAUAUUUCGUUAUUUUUAUAGUAUGCGGAUCAUUCUUCACAUUAAAUCUAUUUAUAGGAGUAAUUAUAGAUAAUUUUAAUAUGCUCAAGAAAAAGUAUGAAGGUGGUGUGCUAGAAAUGUUUUUAACAGAAAGCCAAAAGCAUUAUUACACUGCUAUGAAAAAAUUAGGUAGAAAAAAGCCCCAGAAAGUAAUAAAGAGGCCAAGAAAUCAAUUUCUAGCAAUGUUUUACGAUUUAUCUAAUUCUCGAAGAUUCGAAAUAGCUAUAUUUGUUCUAAUAUUUCUGAAUAUGCUUACAAUGGGUAUAGAGCAUUAUGACCAACCUCAUUCAGUUUUCUUCGUAUUAGAAGUCAGUAACGCGUUUUUUACAACGGUUUUUGGCUUAGAGGCUAUAGUUAAGAUAGUCGGUCUACGGUAUCAUUAUUUUACAGUUCCAUGGAACGUUUUUGAUUUUUUGCUAGUUUUAGCUUCGAUUUUAGGCAUCCUAAUGGAGGAUAUUAUGAUAGAUUUACCAAUAUCCCCUACACUUUUAAGAGUGGUCAGAGUUUUUCGCAUAGGGAGAAUUUUAAGACUGAUUAAAGCCGCUAAAGGCAUAAGAAAACUGUUGUUUGCGUUGGUGGUGUCCUUGCCAGCUCUGUUCAACAUCGGUGCCUUGCUAGCCCUGAUUACCUUUAUCUACGCGAUCAUCGGCAUGUCCGUAUUUGGUCACGUUAAGGAGCAGGGCGCUCUAGACGACAUUGUCAAUUUUCAAACUUUUGGUAGGAGUAUGCAACUACUUUUUCGCCUUAUGACAUCAGCUGGUUGGAAUGAUGUUCUAGAAUCUUUAAUGAUUCAGCCUCCUAAAUGCGAGUUGGGCGAUCAUGGGUCUAAUGGAAAUUGUGGGAGUCCAUUAUUAGCAAUAACAUAUUUUACUUCUUUUAUAAUAAUUAGUUAUAUGAUCGUUAUCAAUAUGUACAUUGCUAUCAUCCUCGAGAAUUUCAAUCAAGCUCACCAAGAGGAAGAGAUUGGUAUUGUAGAAGAUGAUCUAGAAAUGUUCUACAUUCGGUGGUCAAAGUAUGACCCACAUGCUACUCAAUUUAUAAGUUUUGCUCAACUAUCAGAUUUUAUAGCUUCUUUAGAUCCCCCGCUAGGCAUAUCAAAGCCAAAUACUGUAGCACUUGUCAGCUUUAACUUGCCUAUUGCGAGAGGCAAUAAAAUCCAUUGUUUAGACAUUUUACAUGCACUUGUUAAGCAUGUACUAGGUCACGUGGAGGAAACCGACACAUUCAGGCAACUCCAAGACCAAAUGGAUAUUAAAUUUAAGAAGCAGUUUCCUACGAGAAAGGAGUUAGAGAUCGUCUCUUCAACAAGGAUUUGGAAGAGAGAAGAUAAAGCUGCACGUACAAUACAAAGAUCGUGGAGAGAAUAUAUCAAGAGAAAAAAUCGUAGUCCAUCACAAGAAGAAGAAAGUACUAAAUGGUCUCCAGGACACGGUUGGGGCGGAAAACUAAGUGCGUUGCUUCAUGUGCGAAGGGGGUCUCACGCGUCCAGCAGAAAGUCUUCAAGAGCGUCUGACGCUUCCGACUUAAGUGAUAUAGGAGGAGCUUGGCUUAAUCUUCCCCUUUUGUUAUUACCGGGAACUGCACCAAGUGAUCAGCCGAGUGGAUCAGAGACGGCUCCACCGCGUAGAAGGUCCGCGUACGGCUUGCCACUGUUUUUGAGGCAUCAGGACGCAGUAGACGAAGACGUCGGCCCGAAACGAGCAGGUUCACUUCGUCUGACCUCCCGAAGAAAUUCGGCAAGACGACCGACGCCCCCCGCGAGAGCCAGCACUCCAUCCCCACACGCAAACAGCGCCGUCAGCAUCCUCGUCACCGAGGCGUCUCCUGACACCGGCCCCCCACCUGCAGCACCCCCCACCGUCGUCAGAGUUCUCGUGCAUCGUGAAAGUGACGAGCAACCCAGCUGAUCUACGAUCGAAGAGCCCCCUGAGGCUCCAAACUCCCAAUAGUAUAUAGUAAAUUUAAGUACCAGGCUUACAUAAAGACAAAGUGAGUGUCAAAAGUUUUAAAGAUCGAAUAUUGUGUUCACGCACGGGUAACAGUGAUAUUACAACGGUUAGGUCGUAAUUGUGAUUUUAACCAAUUUAGGAUUAGACGUCGAUAAGUAUUGUUAUAUUAAAAAAUGAAAACGAAAAUAUCAAUUCCUUUAGUAACAAAAUAAAAUAUAAAAUUAUCGGAGACUUCCAUAUGCAAUAAAAAUUAAACAAAAUAGACUUAAAUCACUCAUCAAGUUAAACGACAGGUAAAACCGUUUUUAGCUUUACGCUUAAAUUAGUGAAUGCCGAUUCGUUAGAUGGUUUUUAUUAUAGUUAUUUAAGUACGGAGUAGAGUUGAGCCAUUGUACAUUACUUUGUUAUUGUAAAUAGCGUUAUUAUAUAAUCCAACGACUGUUAUAAUGUCGGGGUGAUUUAUUAAGCUACGCAAAAUUUAUAGUCUUAAAUUUACGCAAGGGCUUUUCAUACAUUCAAAAUACACGCAGUACUAUAAAUUUCAGUUUUGGUACAUGAAUCAAAAUUUAUAGAUAAAUAAAUAUAAUACAAUAAACGUAUAUAUAGCCCAGGAUCCGUGAAACAUUUUUACAAUUGAUUACUAUCAAGGUAAUUUUCCGUGAGACGCUCAACUUUUAUAUUUACGAUAAAUUCUUGAUUCUGGUAGGAGCUGAGGCUGGAGGUAACUGGGUUACCAGGUAAUAAAUUAUCUGGUCGUCGGCAUGAGAUAAUGUACCACGCAAUUUGUAGGACAUUAUAAGCAACAGUAAAAAUAACAUUUAGUUAGAAACAACUUUUAGUAACCUGGUUAUUGAGUCAAGUUGGGACGAGGGGAGUUUACUAAAAGUUGUUACUCACGGAAAAUUACCUUGAUAGUAAUCAAUAAUUGUGAAAAUGAUCCACGGAAGCUAGGCUAUUAUUCAUGUUGGGCCUAUUAUUGUCCAUACUUGACAUAGAUGUGGGAUUUACCUCGUUUUUCUUUCAUGUCUUCACACUAUUAUCAGUUAAACAUGCUUAUAAUCUUGCUAACUUUUUUAAUUACUUAUGAGAGCUAAAUCAGACGUGACUAUUAGGCAGCUUAUUCCUAAUUACUCUUUAUACCACAUACCGAUUAUUUUAUUUAAUAAACUCUCAUUCCGAUUCCUAGCUAUAAUACCCCUUCUAUUUUUGAAAACGCAAACCUACCUAUUCCUUUUUUUUCAUGACAAAACUUAAUCACUAUUAUGUAAUUGUAUUCCAAGGUAGCUUUAAUUAAAGUAAGUAAAUUGUAAAUCUGUGGUGCAAAUCUAAAGGAAUAAACAGACAAUUGAUUUUUAUUCUGCAUCACAUUUUUACUCAAAAAGCCUUAGAUUCAAAAGUUUGUCGGGAGACCCAGACUUAAUUUUAAUUUAGUUUUUAUUUUUGGUAAUGGUUAUCAGAAUUUUAUUCACACUAGACAAUACUCAGUAUAGGCUAAUGUAGUAGAUAUAUCAAGAUAAUUCAGAAGUUCAUUUGUAUAAUUUUAGCAUACAAUACGUUGUAAGUUCAAUUGUUUAGAGAUAUCUCUGUUAAUAAUAAGGUCAGUCAGCCACAGACCAAUAGGUGUUACAAUUUUUCCGUUUAGAAAUAGUAGAUUAUGAAACAGUUGCAUAAUGGGAGUCAGGAAAACACGAGUAGAUUUUAUAAAACGAACGAAGUGAGUCUUAUAAUAAGACAUGAGUUUUAAUAACAAGUUAUGCGUGUCAUACUCUUCUUUAUUUUAUCUCAUGCAAUAGAUAUUAUAACAAUGUAACUUUUUAUCAAUCGAAAACAAUUACUAAUUAAUUACAUGAUCAACUUAAAUUCAACGUGACUCCCGUCGCGCCAAAAUUCUAAAUUCAAAAAUUGUAGACGCACGAUCUUGUGUCAUAGAGUAUAUUACGAUAGAGCUCUCCAAGUCUCCAGUGUAACCUUAUAAACGCUUAAAAUUAAUUAUCAUUUUGUUGUAUUGUUAUUAGCGCUACUUUAUAAUAGUAGGGGAGCCGAAAACGGGAUUUUUGCAGUUACUCCUAGGAGUAUACCUUGCACGUUGUUCAGUACCUCCUCCAAGUAUGAGUCCUUAAUAUUAGUAGGUACGUUUAAGGCAACCAAAAAAAAACUAACUUCAAAAAUACUCGAUCAGCACGUCAGAUGUGUGACAGGUAGGCGAGUUGAUAGCUAAAAGACGUGCAUUUCGAAAAUCUGGCAAUUUGAGCGUAACGUAAAGGAAUGGGAGGGUUACAAAGUUACAAAAUAAAAUUCUUAUAUUUCUGUUAUCGAGCCACGAGCGCGGUUAAUUUUUUACUUAUUCUGAAUGAAAUAACCUCCUGAAUGUUGCUCAUGUUUUCUGAUGAUUUCAGUAAGCCAAAGUAAUAAGAAUUUUCUUUAAAGUCUGUAAUUUUUUUCCCCACCCCCCCACAAAAAUGUAUAUCACCAUUUAUUCUUUCUAUCAUCUGAUCUAGCAAAUCAAACCGAGUCCAAUAACGCUAUAGUAACUGCAAAUUUAGUAUCCCGGGCUCCGCUACUAUAACUAGGUAUAUGUCACCAAAGAUUUGUGACGAAUUUUUUAUUGCUUCAUUCAAUAUCCAGAAUCAGAGACAUAGUUAUCCGCAAACCUUUAAUGUACGGACAGCAUCGCCCUCUGUUCACACUGUUGUUUAUGAUAAUAAUGUUAAUUGAUAGGUUGUGUACUGCUUUGAGCAUAUAAUUAAGGCAAUUCGACAAAUACAGGAAAAAGUGGGAUGCUCAGUAGAUAAAAGUAAUUUAUUUUAUGUAAGCCAAUUGAUACUAAAAUUCAAAAUGGCGGACUAUGUAGCACUAGACGUAAGAGGCGUUUUGAAUUUUGUUCCACCAGAGGAAUCGUCAUCAAAGAAAUGAAAUGUCUAAAUAUGUGAAAUACAGACACACUGCAUGACGUGACGGAGCAGCGACAGUGAUUGUACCAUCAUUUUGUGGUAGAGAAAACACCUCAAGCAAGUCCCAGGACUUGUGUCCUUGGGUUUAGGUUUAAGGGAUCCUUAGAAUGCAUAAACACACACCUCCCCUGCCCCAAGUGUUCUCCUUGCCCACACUAAACAAUUUAUGACCAAUAAUUACAACAUAAAACACUAUCAAUAAUUACGACACAAAACGUAAUACGCACGCACAAUAUUAUUUCACGAAAUCACUAACACGACUAGCAGCGUGACGGUGUCUACGCAACCCAACCAACAAUUGAGCUCAAGUCAUCAAAUACACUCUUAUUUAUACCAUCACUGUUGUAAGAACUGAGUACAAAUUCCUGCCCUCCAGAAUAACAUAAAUCAUGAAUGUUAAUACAACCCAUAGUCGAGGAACUCGUAACAUUUGGUCUCUGAUUUCUUUAGUCAGUCCGGAGAUCUAUGGUCUGCCAGUAAUAGUAGACACAGUCAAAAUACAAAUAUGAUCUCCUGGUACGAAAAGGUAUAGAGGUGCCUCUAAAAGAACGACUCGGAAAGUGUGACAUAGUCCGUCAUAAAUAAUGUUCUUUUAAAUGGCUAAAAGGUAUGAAUUAUAAGUCCAUGUAGUAAUGAUAAUUUAGCAUGUUGUAUAUGUAUAUACCCGUCCAUUGUUAUAAUUAUUUGACUUUGAGUUCUAAUUAAAUCUUGAGCGCACAUAUAACGUCACUCUAAAUGAGAUUUGGAGUCUUUGGGACUAAGGAAAAAAAACGCAGAAAUUUUAAACUAUGAUCUAUGCUGCCUAUAGACAAUUAUCUAAGGUUGAAGUUGAAAAUAUUAUCACCAAUUGCUAAAUUAUUGUGACGUAAAUAAAAAGGAAUGUUUGAAAUAUACCAGCUUUUUUAAAAAAAAAGUAAUAAAAAUGUAGGUAUACAUAUAACAAAAUAAUAAUCAAAUAAACAAAAACCGGCUUCAUACGCAUAAAUUAGGGUUUCUUGAAAAACAUGAAUGCCUUAAAAUCAUAUUUUUUAAUAAACCAACCUUUAUGUUGGCAUUCUUUGAAGUAAAUUUCCGUAAAUACUUAUUUAAAAAAACGUAGUAUGGACCAAGUCUUUACCUAUCCUAACUUUUAAUAACGACUAACAAACUUUAUUCUAUACAAUAUUACUAUAAACUCUCAGCACUUACACUAUAAAAUUUUAGUAAACAAAAAUGGGUUCUCGAAUUUUUUUUUUACUUCGUUUUUUUUAAUUUAAGUAAGUAAUUGCUACGAAAAAUCAAAUUUAUUUUACUUAAUGUACGCACUAACUGAAUAUAACCAAUGUAAACCUACGCGGUUGGCUACAUAGCACAUCAUGAAACAAGCAGAAAAUGGUUUCAACUUUUACGUGUAGUAGGUGUACAGCCAUAAAAUGUAAAAAAAUGGCGAUUUAUGUAGAAGCUUCGUCUUAACAAGUACGAUUUAUUAAAAAAAAACUAGAAUUUUCGAAACUUAUUUCCAAGCGAUUUUUAGAUUUUCGACCCUUCUUACACUUUAAUGACUAAUAUUUGUACCACCGCGCUUUUACAAGAUUUACACUAACUACUGCUUAAAAAAGCCCUUUAAAUAUAGAAUUAAAAAAGCCGAUUUUUAACCGGAAAUUUAAAAUUUUAAAUAAAAACGAAGUAUCUAACUUAAUAGAAUAGACAUGUUUCACGAAUACAGUUUUAUUAUUAUUACUAUGUAAAUAAGUAGGAAAAGAGAGAAAUGCAAUAAUUUUUUCAUAAUUUACUUAGUAAAACGAGUUAGAUAUUACUUUUAAAUUUACUCAUCAAUGUACAUUAUAUUAAAUGUAAUGGUAGUUAGACAAAUGCAUUAAUAUAAAACCAUAGACAUAACAUGGACUGCAGAAAACAUAGACAAUAAAAGAAAGAAUACAAAACGUACUGUAAUAUAAAAAAGGUACUCCUGUAUUAUGGAACCAGCUUUUUGUGGAAAUCUACCAGAAAGUUUAGGUAAAACAAUGUUCAUAUUAUAUUCUUAUUAGAAACAUUGUUUCAUUUAUAGUGCAUAAAGAAAUCUUUCGUAAUUGAUUGUUAUUAUUGGAACCCUCAUAACUUUAAUUUUAAGUUUUUGUCUUUAAUUAUCACCAUUAAAUCAUGACAACUUGAUGCUUUAAAAGUGCUUGUUAACUUUAAUUAAUUCAAAUAAAUGAAUUUUGACUUUGACUAUAGUUACUAAGGUUAACUUUAUUUCAUGUAGCAUGAAUGAUUAAGAAAUUUAUGAUUCGAAGUUAGUCAGGCAUAUACUAUGUAAGAGUUUAGAAAACAUAAUUUCAUUGUUAUUUUAAAGUUUUAAAUGCUAAUAUAUAUGCAAUGCUAAUAUAUAUAUUAUGUUUUUUUAAUAAUUAAUAAUUCAUUAACAUUUAAAAAUACAUAUAUACAUUUUAUGAAGUUAUUUGUCGGAAAUAAUUAUUGUGAUCUGCAGUCUAAGUUAAGUCUACAAAAGCAAGAUGUUGGGCAUUGUUCAACUUGUGUAUCAUACAUUAUUAAAUUUAAAUUGUAUUAUAUGUAAAUAAAAUGUUUUAAGUGAGACCUGCGAAAUAUGAUUUUCUUCUGAGGUACAAAAAUAUAAAUUAACCAUGUUGAAAACUAUGAUUAAAAAAAUAUUGAAUA